AUGUAAACUCCCUGCAAACGGGGCACCGGGACAUACAAAACGAACUUGACCAGUUCCUCCGUUCCUUUCUACAGCCCAAACCAAUGAGGAAAAGUUUUCAUAGGUGGGAGCAAACAUUGAGUGGGGAUAACAAUCGUGGGGCGACAGUUUACUUUAGCUUCUAAACAAUAUCAACAAUUCAAAAUACAGUUACUGUUGUUCUGUCAACCAACAGUAAGCCGAGGGAUUCUCCCUUAUCUUCCUGGAGAAAGUAAUUUGUUUCGCCCUUGGAGGUAUUCCCAGCUUUCUGAAGCAGUAGGGGAUGGACGAAGUGCGGCCUACCAGCGGACCAGCAGCCACCGCCCUGGCGUCACUCUUCCCCCCGGGUCUGCAGGCAAUCUACGGGGAAUGCAGGCGCCUCUACCCCGACCAGGCCAACCCCUUACAAGUUACAGCCAUUGUAAAAUACUGGUUGGGAGGUCCUGAUCCAUUGGACUACAUCAGUAUGUACCGUAACAUGGGCUGUGCAGCACAAGACGUACAGGAACACUGGCACUAUAUCAGCUUCGGACUCAGUGACCUGUAUGGAGACAACAGAGUACAUGAGUUUACAGGCCAGGAAGGCCCCAGUGGCUUUGGCUUUGAGCUGACGUUCAGGCUGAAGAGAGAGGUGGGAGAAACAGCCCCUCCUACUUGGCCAGCUGAACUCAUGCAGGGCCUGGCCCGCUAUGUCUUCCAAUCAGAAAACACGUUUUGCAGUGGAGACCACAUAUCAUGGCACAGUCCCCUGGACAACAGUGAGUCUCGUAUCCAACACAUGCUGCUCACUGAAGACCCCCAGAUGACUCCGGUCCACACCCCCUUCGGCCUGGUCAACUUCCUGCAGAUUGUGGGUGUGUGUACAGAAGAGUUGCAGGCGGCUCAGCAGUGGAACGGCCAAGGAAUGCUGGAGCUGCUCCGAGGGGUCCAUGUUGCUGGAGGGCCCUGGUUGAUAACUGACAUGAGGAGAGGAGAGACCAUCUUUGACAUCGACCCUCAUUUACAACCGGAGCGUGUGGACCAGGGUAUAGAGACAGAGGGCUCCAACCUGAGCGGCGUGAGCGCCAAGUGUGUGUGGGAUGACCUCAGCCGACCGCCCGAGGAUGAAGAGGACAGCCGCUCAAUCUGUAUAGGUUCUCAGCCACGAAGACUGUCGGAAAAAGAUACAGAGCAGAUCAGAGAAGCCCUGAGAAAAGGAUUGGAGUUCAACACUAAAGCAGCACUACCCCCUAUCAACUCGCAGAGACAAGGACAUGACAGGCCUCAGAGUCGUAAGGACAGUCUGGAGAGUGAGAGUUCAGCGGCCAUCGUUCCUCACGAGCUAGUUCGUACCAGACAACUGGAAAGUGUUCAUCUGAAAUUCAACCAGGAGUCAGGAACACUGCUGCCCCUCUGUCUCAGGGGUCGUUUGCUCCAUGGUAGACACUUCACCUAUAAGAGUAUAAAUGGAGACACAGCCAUCACCUUCGUAUCCACCGGAGUAGAGGGGGCCUUUGCUACUGAGGAACACCCGUAUGCCGCACAUGGACCCUGGCUACAGAUAUUGCUGACUGAGGAGUUUGUUGAACAGAUGCUUGGAGAUCUAUCGGAGCUCAACACUCGAGAGGAGACCAAGUUACCGAAGGAAUACAGCUGGCCAGAAAAGAAACUGAAGAUCUCGGUCCUGCCUGACUCUGUGUUUGACAGCCCUCUGCAGUGAGACUUGGACCCACUCCUCUCUACAGAAUACUCUGGACCUGUUCACUCAGACUUUAAAUGUUCAUGUUCAGUAGGUCACAUCGUUGCAAAGCAUUUCCCAACAGAAGUUCAGGUAGUACCUGUAAGUUGUCUUCCAUUUUACUGAACACAACCCUGCUCUGUUCCAUGGGCUCUGGUCUGCCUUCUAGCCCAAAGUGAGAACACCUGACCUCCACCUGAUCUCUUUGUCACAUCUGCUACCAAUUUCUACUGCGUUUAACUAUCCUUGUAGAAACGCCUGGAGAUGUUCCGGAAACCUGUUUCUCCAGAUAGCUGCCUUGCUAGAUGAUACAUAGUUGCUAUGUCUUGGGUAAAAUUUCUAGUUAGGAUGUGACAUCCCACUAGACUCAAUAUGUUUGUAGCACAGGCAAAAAUGUAGGGUCAGUUCAUUUAGUUCAACGAUUCUGUUUUUUGGUUUUCUAGGGCCACAUUCCAUUUGAAGUGUUCUCUUAAAACGCAUAUGUGUUUAUUUGUUUAAGUGCUGGACAUUUGCUUAAUGUGUUAUAAAGUAUAUAUAUGGUCAAGCCAAAGGUGCUACCAGUUUCCCAUGAGGUUUGUAUCGGACAAGAUGUUGUGGAAUUUAGACAACUGUGCAAAUCUGAAAUGGUGCCUUCUUCCCUAUAUAGUUUAUUUUGGCCGGAGCCUUAUGAGGGGUAUAUAGGGCAGGGGUCUUCAAACGUGUCCACAGCAUGCAGGCACUGCAGGGGCUGUUCAUAAAAAAAAUGUUAUUCCAAUGUUCAAUCAAUCAAAUUGUAUUUAUAUAGCCCUUCGUACAUCAGCUGAUAUCUCAAAGUGCUGUACAGAAACCCAGCCUAAAACCCCAAACAGCAAGCAAUGCAGGUGUAGAAGCACGGUGGCUAGGAAAAACUCCCUAGAAAGGCCAAAACCUAGGAAGAAACCUAGAGGAACCAGGCUAUGUGGGGUGGCCAGUCAUCUUCUGGCUGUGCCGGGUGGAGAUUAUAACAACAUGGCCAAGAUGUUCAAAUGUUCAUAAAUGACCAGCAUGGUCGAAUAAUAACAAGGCAGAACAGUUGAAACUGGAGCAGCAGCACAGUCAUGUGGACUUGGACAGCAAGGAGUCAUCAUGUCAGGUCGUCCUGGGGCACGGUCCUUGGGCUCAGGUCCUCCUGUUGUUGUGAAUAUCCAUGUACUGGGAAAGUGCCGAUGGCUACUGGUAAGCUUUCUUGACGUGGACGUCAAUUUUUGCAGACAUGUGUUGGCCUACUAGCUAUUAAGGUAAUUCCGAUGUUAGUGUACACUUCCUCUUCCAAUUAUAAUUGGGGAGGUCAAAUUAAUAUCUACCAGAUCAAUUUUUUAAAUGUAUUUUACCCCUCUUUGCCAUUUAUUAUACACAAUCAUUUUUUGCUAACAUAUGAUGGGGGUCGCUGGAUUGCCUGGGAGGGGGUCCCUGGGGAAAAAGUUUGAAGACCCUUGGCAUAUGGUGUAAUUUGGGAUACAGACAAUCAAACCACAUGAUCCUCUCAUUCUAUCGUGUCCUGUCAAAUCUUUGUCCCCCUGUGCCAAGAGCCUGAUUAUUUUACAGAGUAAUAUUUUGUGUAUGUAAUGUUUUACUGUUAAUUUUAUGAAAUAUCUCUGAAGCUCUACAAUGACUGAUAACUACUAUUAGAGGAAAGAUUGUGUUUGUAAGAGUUUAUAGGCCUGUCAGAGUGAAAUGUUGGAAAGCGUUUCGGAGAACUCUCCAUGUGUCCACAAAUAAAGUUAGUCUGACAUUUUUCACUGAUUAACAUUCACUGCAUUGUUUCCUGUCCCUAGUUGGAUCAGAUUUUUGUUGAUAGAACUGACGUCAGUGCCUGUGUUUUUAGGAAGCCACUAGAACUUGUCAGAGCCUAGGUCCACGCCACAUUUUUUAUCACCACUUUCUUCACAGAAACUUGUUCUUUCCUUCUGUCACAAUGCGUGUCAACUGUUGCAUGAAUAUAUUGUUUUGCUCUGGUAGAAACAGAACCAGAGUCAGUCUGCCAUGGCCUUGACGUGUAUAGGCUCCAUGCAUUGUAAAGACUGUAUCCACUGUCAACCGCUCCUGUAUUUUAAUAUAUAUCAGUUUCAAUCAAGGACCUCUGUCUUUAUAUACAUACAGCAUCCCAGAUAUCUGUUAUGCCAUGAGUGCAUUCCAUUGACUAACUAGAGUCAAGAACAGGAGCUGACUCCUUUUUUUCUAUACCUGUUCACAUGUAUUCUACAGUGUCUUUCUUUAUUCCGAUUGGGAUUUAUUUGUGUGUGGUCUUUAUAAUAAUGUUUAUUGUUAUUUUAUGAUGAAUGAAGGAAUCACUAAACUGCCUGUUUCUGUAAUCACAAGUGCAUUAAACAGAAAUCGACAUUCA